GUAGUCGAUAUUGCUCCGUAUGAGUAAAAUAAUGAAAGCUGAAAUACCCCGGAUAUGUGUGUUCACAUGGUACAGGCGAAUAGGAAUUAGCGAGAGGAGGAGUAAGUGUGAGCUGUAGUUGGUAAACUCAUGGUAUUUUAGUUCGUCUAUCAGAAACCAGGAAACUUUAUUUCUUCACUCUUGUAUGGACUCUUUCGCUUAUUCGUGAAUGGACUGUUGACUUCUGGUCCAAUAGGUAGCGUGUAGUGUAAUCUUCCAACAGUUGAGCAUGUUAGUUGUGUAAGUUACUUUGCUGGAGCAGUGAAGGUUUGAGCUCUCAGGAGUAACUCAGGCUCUGUCAGUAAUAUGCUCCUGCUCAGUGUAUCAUGCUCUGAGGAAUGAUGGCUGUAAGGCAAAACCGAGCCCUUAUGUUGCCUUUCGUUACACUACACCUCGCCUGGCUCUUUCCUCAUGCCUCGUUCGGAUCGCCCGUGAUGUGCUGGUGGCAUACGGUUUCAUCUGCCAGCCACAAUGUGUCUAUUGAGUGCCAAGCCGAUCCUCAGGGUUCCAUGCUGAAGUGCGACUUGUGUCACAUGCACGUGCGUCCCCUCAAACCAGCAGCGCACGUCUCACAGACAGGGUGCAGCCACACGAAUGUGAGCUUCAGAGCGCUUCUGGAUGAGCAUGAAAUGCAGACCACUAACUGCACACUUCUCUGUCCAGGACACACACCUUUGCCCUGUAAUCUAAAGAAAGGCUAUCCACCUCCCUACUGCUUAAUUCCGUUUUAUGAUGAAGGAAAUAAUAUGCAUUGCCACUGGAGAGGUUUAUUUAACCCCUUGAUCCCAACAAACUUCACCCUACACUGGAAAAUGGAGGUUAAAGAUGGGCAAAUUCACUCUAAAGACUUUGGGGAGAAUGAAAGUGGCAUUAUUGAGCGUGAUUUAUAUGAAACUCAUGAAAUCAUUAAAGUGUGGGUUACUGCAGCAAACAGAUUGGGCACCAUGAAUUCAGAAAUGCUCAUUACCAACACAAAGAGUUUCAUCCAGCCAGCCACUCCCUCCAUCAGCAAGCACAGUUCUGAACCUUUAGAGAUUACAUGGGAUGUGUCUGAUGACACAGAACAAUUUGACCAAUGCCAGUGUAAAGUCCAAUACAAGAAACUGUGUGACAAGGACUGGACAGAGGCUGAAGACACUUAUGAGGUGAGCUUCAUUUUAGAAGAUGCUGUGCCAUUCACAACAUACAAGUUUCGCGUUCGCUGUCAGCGCGUUUCUGAUGGGAAAUCAGUGAUGAGCGACUGGAGCUCAGAGUACACUGUGGAAACUCCUGCUGCAGCUCCCAUUGGAACGCUUGAUGUAUGGAGUGACUGUGAUUUUACCUCAGAUGACACCGGCUGCACUGUUCUUUGGAAGGAGAUGCCCCUGCAGCAGGCAAGAGGCAAAAUCAACAACUAUGUGGUGACUAUGAAACUGACUAACGGCUCAGUGUUGAACUUAAACGGAUCAUUUUACACGUCUGCAGAGACGUGUGUGGACUGUGGACUGGACAAUGUUGAAAAAGAGCAGUCAUACAGGGCUUCACAUGCUCAGCAGAACUAUCUGAGAUGUCUUCAGGAGCAAGAGCGAAGCUGUUUUCAUUACUUCCACCUCAGCAUUCCAGUUAAAGAAGUGAAUGUUAUUGAAGUGACCGCUAACACAACAGAGGGAAAAUCAAAUCCAGCACUUGUUGCAUUACCAAGAACUGGUCUGCUGCAACCAGUGGCAUUGGAGGUCAGAGGAAGGAGUCAGGAGCUAAAUAUAUCGUGGUCAGUGCUUCCUCAGUUCUCUGUUAGUGUACAGGAAUAUGUGGUGCAGCAUAACGCAAUAGGACUACCCAACACCCCAUGUGUGAACUGGAUGAAGGUUAAAAAAAACCAGACAUUCGUUACACUUCGAGGUCAAUUGACAAACUACACUGCUUACAACGUAUCUCUGUUUGCUGUGGUCAACAACCGCAGUUGUUUACUCAAGUCUGCCAUUGCCUACUCUGUUGAAGGAGUGCCUUCAGAAGUCACAGAUUUCCAAGCAAUACCUACCUCUCCAUAUAGUGUAAACCUGACAUGGACACCUAUUCCGCUUAAUAAAAGCCAUGGACAUAUUAUACAGUACUUUGUGGGCUUAUAUGAUAAUGAAGUACAAGGUUGUGCAACAGCUAGAGGACCACAACAAGUGCACAACGUGAGCAGCAAUAAACGCAGCUUCCAGAUCUCUAAUUUAAAUCCUGGUCAGCAGUAUGCAGUGUGGAUCAGCACUAAGACUAGUGCUGGAGAGGGAAAGAGGACAACUGCCUGUUUCACCACACCUUCUGGUAACUUGACCAACCUAAUGUUCCUCAUAAUUAUUGUGCUUGUUGUUAUGACUGUGGUCAUAAGCACUUUAAUUUGUAUAGUCUGGAGGUGUUUAAGGACCAAAGUAACCGAAUGGUUCUACAAAAUUCCGGACCCCAUCAACAGCAGUUCAUUUAAACAGAUGAGCAAUCAAGUCAAAUUCUGGCACUCAUUGCCUGUACGUUCAGCCUCCAUGGAGUGUGGGUUAGCCAUCUCUCAAGUUGAGAUAGUUCUUAAACCAAAAGUUGAUCCUGAACCUGAGGAGGAGCAGGAACUUGAGGAGGAGCAGGAACUUGAGGAGGAGCACAGAGAACAAGGACAGGGCAGAGAAAAGGAAUUGCAAAGAUAUGAUGGGGUGGAGCAGAACAAUCUCAUGCCAAGUCAUCAGAAAGAAUACAGUCAAAUGAUUGACAGCAGUGAUGAGGAUGACGGAGAAGACUGGUACGAGCAGCCGUUUCCUUCUGACUACGAGAAACAUUUUUUACCCUGCAUUGUAGAAGCAUGAGAUUCUUCUUUUGUGUCUGGAACAGAGAGAAUUCUGGCCUGUCAUAGCUUUACUGUUGUAUGUUUAAAAAUGUGGGUUUUCUUGAACAAUACUGCAAUGCAAAAUGUUCUGCCACAAGAAUCAGGACAAUCAGCCAUAAUCUUGACGGCAGUUUAAACAGGCAUAAUGUGCCAUUCAGGGAAUAGAGGUGUGGACACAAGAAGAAGGUGUGUGUAGACAUAUGCCAGUUUUGCAUUUGUGUAGAUUUCAAUGUGGUAUUUUAUCAGAUACAACAUCUCAUGUAUACCAUAAUUUCCGGACUAUUAAGCACACCCAAAUAUAAGCACAGAAUUUUACAAAGAUUUUUAUUUUGAACAUAAAUAAACCGCACCUGUCUAUAAUUACAUUAUAUGUCUAAUGCCUACAUUAAAACUGAUGAACUUUACACAGGCUUUAACGAAAGACAGGGUCUGUUACACGGCUUGUAUCUAAACAGUAGCCUACCAAGAAAGUCAUUGUUCACCGUCUUCCUCCUUCCUUUCACAACUAUUUUUUUUU